UGGCAUUCUGUUGAAAUGAAGCAACAAUAAAACCUGUUUUCUCAAUAUUAUAGCGAUUGUAGGGAACUAUUUGUCUGUUUUGGGUGCAGGAACAAAAUGCAAGAGAACGUCUAGAUGAUCAAAAGUAGUCGUAGUAGCCGUUCGAUUCAAGUGACUUCCAAAUAAUUUAUAAGAGGGGAUAAUAUCACAAUGACAAAUCAGUUUUCAACAUCUAUUGAAAGAUAUUAAAUAAUCAGGUAUAAUCUUAGAUCUUAAGUAUAAUAAUUUUAACAAUGGAUCGUAUGGUAGCAGAGAAUGAUGUGAGACAAUGUCAUGAUGAACCAAUUAUCAAAGAGGAAAUCAAGGAUUCAUUUGACAGUAUUGCUACCAAUGAUCCUACCUUAUUUGAUAUAAUCAGCCACAAUGAUGUCAAACUAGAAUUAGAUUGUGCUGGUGGCCAAGAAGUGACUGCUUCGAUUGACUAUGAUAAACUAAGUGUUGAAGAAGAGUCAGACUGUAAAGGUGACAACACACUUGAAACUAAUGAUGUCACCUUGCCUGAUAGGACCAGCCCUAAUGAUGUCAAAUUAGAAUUAGAUGAUACAGGUGGUGAUUCAGAGACUUGUGCAAUUGACUACAAUGAACUUAAUAUUAAAGAAGAGGCAGACUGCAAAAGUGAUAAUGUACCCUAUUCUGAUUUUGAUAAUCUACCUGUUCAGUUAGAGGAUAGGGAAUCAGAUGUCAAACCUGAGCUUGGAUGUGUAGUUGGUGAUGAUGUUUAUGCUGCAAGCAUUUGCACAGCAGAGGAAAACUCAUUCAAAUGUUAUCAUUGUGAUAAAUGUUUCACACAUAAAAAGUAUUUGAAACAACAUGUAAAAAUCCAUACUGGAGAAAAACCAUUUAAGUGUGAUCAUUGUGAGAAAUGUUUCAUUCAACAAUCAAAUUUGAAACAACAUACCAUGAUUCACACUGGAGAGAAACCAUUCAAAUGUAGACAUUGUGAGGAGGGUUUCACCCUACAACAUCGUUUGAUACGUCAUAUGAGGAAUCAUACUGGAGAGAAACCAUUCAAAUGUGAACAUUGUGAGAAAUGUUUCACACAACAAAAAUAUUUGAGAGAACAUAUCAAGGUUCAUACUGGAGAGAAACCAUUUAAAUGUGAUCAUUGUGAGAAAUAUUUCACUCAACAAUCAAAUUUGAAACAACAUAUCAAGAUUCACACUGGGGAGAAAUCAUUCAAAUGUAAACACUGUGAGAGAUGUUUCACACUGCAACAUCAAUUGCUACGUCAUAACAGGACUCAUACUGGAGAGAAACCAUUCAAAUGUGAUCAUUGUGAGAAAUGUUUCACUCAACAAUCAAAUCUGAAACAACAUACAAAGAUUCAUACUGGAGAGAAACCUUUUAAAUGUGAUCACUGUGAGAAGUGUUUCACACGACAACACAAUUUGAUAUAUCAUAACAGGACCCAUAAUGGAGAGAAGCCAUUCAAAUGUAAUAAUUGUGAGAAGUCAUUCAGUCUACAAGAUGAUAUGAAACAACAUAUCAGGAUUCAUACUGGGGUGAAGUCAUUUCAGUGUGAACAUUGUGACAAAUGUUUCACCCAACAAAAUGAUUUGAAACAACAUAUCAAAAUGGUUCAUACUAGAGAUAAACCAUUCAAAUGUGAAUAUUGUGAGAAAUGUUUUACAAAUCAAAACAGUUUGAAACACCAUAUCUGGAUUCAUAAGAGAGGGAAACCAUUUAAAUGUGAACAUUGUGAGAAAUGUUUCAGCCAACAAAACAAUUUGAAACGACAUAUCAUGACUCACACUGGAGAGAAACCAUUCAAAUGUGAUCAUUGUGAGAAGUGUUUCAGUGAACAAUACUAUUUAUUGCGCCAUAUCAGGACUCAUACGAGAGAGAAACCAUUCAAAUGUGAAUAUUGUGAGAAGUGUUUCGGACAACAACACCAUUUGACACAGCAUAAUAGGAUUCAUACUGGAGAGAAACCAUUCAAAUGUGAUCACUGUGGAAAAUAUUUCACACGACAAUACAACUUAAAAGAGCAUAUCAGGAUUCACACCGGAGAGAAACCAUUCAAAUGUGAACAUUGUGAGAAGUGUUUCACACAACAAUCCAACUUAGAAAAGCAUAUCAAGAUUCAUGCUGGAAAAAAACAUUCACAAUGA